AUGCGAGUAUCAUUAAUAAUAGUACUUUCAUCAAUAUUACAUUUGAUUACAACAGUUUUUGCAGCAGAUUAUUAUGAUUAUACACAAUCAUUAGGACUCCAAAAGAUACCUUUAGUUUGUAAUGGUCAAUCUCAAGAUUAUAUAUUGACUAGAAUUGGGAGUCAAGGAAACGGUGGAGGAGGAACCCUUUUUGACCCAGUUCCUUCAACAAUAUUUAACGUUCAAAGUGUUACAAAUGUUGGUAAUGGAAAUUUUGCAAUAACUUUUUAUUUUGAAAUCAAUGGUGAUACAAGUUCAUUUUUUAAUUUAUUUGGAGGUACUUCAAUUACAACCACUGUGAAUAAUUUGAAUUCUCAAUAUCAAUCAUCAGUUUUAAUAAAUGGUUUUAACGCUUUAUUUACUUAUUCAUCAAAAUUUCAAUUCACUUCAACUGUUGUCGUUGCUGCAUCUCAGCACAAUGGAUUAUGGUGUUUGCCAGAUAAUUUUAAUGUUUAUUAUCAAUCUGCUACAUUAUUAGGGUUAUUUACAAAGACUUUCACAUAUACCUUAAAUCAGAAUUUCAAUAAUCCUUCACAAUCAACUUCAAAUGCAGUUAUACCAAAUUAUUGUUGGAUAAAUCCUCAAUGUGCUACAACUACAACCCAAUUUUGGUCCAAUACUUUUACUUCAACAACAACUCAAACAAAUGGUAUAUCUGCAACGAAUACUGUAGUGGUCCAAGUACCUUCAAAUACUGCUACCGUCAUUACAACCAAUUGGAAUAAUGCUUAUACUUCAACUACGAGACAAGUUAAUACUCCUGGUGGAACAGAUACAAUUAUUGUUAAUUAUCCUUUCAAUCCAACUAAAACUAUUACUCAAUAUUAUUCUGGUUCAACAUUAACCACUAUGACUUCUACGAAUGGAUUUGGAAGUACAGAUUCAGUAAUUGUUAACUAUCCAUCAAAUCCAACCACUUCAAAAACUCAAUUUUAUACUGGAUCAACUACAUCAACCUCCACAAUAACAAAUAGUUAUGGAGGAUUAAAUUCAGUUAUUGUUAAUUAUCCAUCAAAUCCAACUGCAUCAAGAACUCAAUUCUAUUCCGGAUCAACUAUAUCGACCUCUACAAUCACUAACACCUAUGGAGGUAUAAAUUCAGUUAUCGUUAAUUACCCAUCGAAUCCAACCACAUCUAAAACACAGUUCUACUCAGGAUCAACUAUUUCAACAUCCACAAUAACAAAUAGCUAUGGAGGACAAGAUUCAGUUAUCGUCAAUUACCCCUCUAAUCCUACUACAACUAAAAAUCAGUUUUAUUCAGGAUCAACUAUUUCAAUAUCAACUGCUACAAAUAGUUUUGGAGGACAAGAUUCAGUAAUUGUUAAUUAUCCAUCAAAUCCAACGACUUCGAAAACUCAAUUUUAUUCCGGAUCAACUAUUUCAACAUCUACAAUAACCAACAGCUUUGGAGGUCAAGAUUCAGUAAUUGUCAAUUAUCCAUCUAAUCCGACUACAUCAAAGACACAGUUUUACUCAGGAUCAACUAUAUUGACUUCCACAAUCACGAACACUUUUGGAGGACUAAAUUCAGUAAUCGUCAAUUAUCCGUCAAAUCCAACUACUUCAAAAACUCAGUUUUACUCAGGCUCAACUAUAUUAACAUCGACAAUAACAAACAGUUUUGGUGGCCAAGAUUCAGUUAUAGUUAAUUACCCAUCAAAUCCAACUUCAACUAAAACUCAAUAUUAUUCAGGAUCUACUAUUUUUACAUCAACUGCUACAGCUAAUUACGGUGGUCAAGAUUCAGUUAUAGUUAAUUAUCCUUCAAAUCCGACUACAACUAAAACUCAAUAUUAUUCAGGUGCAACUAUAUCAACAUCGACAAUUACAAACAGUUUUGGUGGCCAAGAUUCAGUUAUUGUAAAUUAUCCAUUAAAUCCAACUUUAACUAAAACUCAAUAUUAUUCAGGAUCCACAAUAUUUACAUUAACUGCUACAGCUACAUUUGGAGGUCAAGAUUCAGUUAUUGUUAAUUAUCCAUCAAAUCCAACUACAACUAAAACUCAGUUCUAUUCAGGUUCAACUAUUUCAACAUCAACUGCUACAAAUAGUUUUGGUGGCCAGGAUUCAGUAAUUGUUAAUUACCCGUCAAAUCCUAUUAAAACUAGAACUCAGUUUUAUUCAGGAACAACUAUUUCAACAUCAACUGCUACAGCU